UUACUAUCAUUCUCCCUGCGAUUCCGAGCUUCGCAUCUUGUUUCAUGUAAUUCCUUCUGCAGAAUUCCAUAUUCUGGGUUAAUUUAGGUCCAUCCCCUCAUAAUUGCUUGUUGAGAUUGAUUCCCCUCGCAAUUCGGCAAAAUGUCGUUUCGGGCCCCGUUAGUCGUCCCCGCGCUGAAGAAGCAUACCGCAACAGUCAUUAUGGCCCAUGGUCUUGGAGAUAGUGGCGCUGGUUGGGUUGGUCUCGCGCAGAACUGGAGACGUCGAAACAAAUUCGAUGAAGUUUCCUUCAUCUUCCCGAAUGCGCCGGUGAUUCCAAUUACAGUCAAUAUGGGCAUGAGCAUGCCUGGUUGGUAUGACAUUACUCACCUUGGCCAAGAUCUAGGAUAUGAGAGUGCACAAGCCAAUCAAGACGAGCCCGGCAUCUUGUCCUCCCGCGACUACUUCAAUUCUCUGAUCAAGGAAGAAAUCGACAAGGGAAUCGACCCGUCGCGCAUCGUGCUUGGCGGAUUCUCACAAGGUGGAGCAAUAGCUGUUUUCACCGGUAUCACGAAUUCCCUUAAACUGGGUGGUGUUUUCGGUUUAUCUUGCUAUCUGCUGCUAGCCGACAAGCUCAAGGCGUUGUCGCCGAAGGGUGAGCUUCCAAACCAAAAGACGCCAUUUUUCCUGGCGCACGGUACGGAUGAUGAUGUUGUCCAAUUCCACUUUGGUGAGAAGAGCAGCGAGCGCCUGAAGAGCUUGGGAUUUGAUGUUGAUUUCCACAGCUACCCCGGCCUCACUCAUUCGGCAGAACCGAAGGAGAUUGAAGAUCUCGAAAAUUUCAUCGCCAAGUGCCUCCCGCCCAAGCCAGAAGCAGAGACAGCUGGGCUCUAACUCGGUAAUACUGGAGGAACGAGCUUGAGAUUAAGCACGACAACGACCGUCACGCUCGGCUUUUUUAUGUUUCUUGUCGCGUAUUCAUUGAGCAGAUUUACCCAUAGAAGCAAUGAACCCAGAGCGGGUGUUAAAUAAAGAAAUAAUUAUCUAGCCCAGAUGAUAUUGAUCAAAUAUAUCUUCGAACAAGCUCAACAAUAAUAACUGUCUAAAUGUGUUGA